CACCACCCCCGCGAACACCGAACUCACCUAUUCGCACCAUCUGCCACCAUGUCUCUCCUCGGAAAGAAGUUCCCCGGCCUCCUGGCCUCGCCCAUGACCCCCUUCUUCGCUGCCGGUGCCAUCGUUCUGUACGGCGUCAACUCCCUCCAGAACGCUCUGUCCAACACCGCCGAGUUCAAGAACGACCCUCGCAACCCCAACGCCAAGCCCGGUAACGGUCACUAAAUUGGAUCUACGAUGAGGCGCUGUGAGAUGCCACCUUGUGUGGCAUGAGCAGGAACAGAUCGAGCCGUUGUGCAUAGGGUGUAUGUGAAUUGAAGGCCCUUGCGCGGCUACGAUUCGCAAUAUUUUGUGUUUUACAUUUGCGGGCAGUUUGCCCUCUGUCCAAGCAUAUAGAUCUUUCCCUGCUGGGUGACUUGGAUCAAUUCACAAGCUGUACCACUACUG